CGCUCUUUUCUUCACUCAACCUCAAGACCGAGCGAGGUUGUGUGACUCCAAGGCGCUUUGGCUGAUCGAUCAGUCAGAGUGAAAGGUGCGGAUGCAAGAGUCCUCAGCGUAGAGUCAUCCGAUCGCGCUUGCUAUGAGUGCCGCCGCCGCCGCCAAUUGCUUGCAGGAAGAGAUAGCCAUCAGUAACAACAUCGGAUUCAGCUAGCACGGGCGCAUGUUCACUCGACUACCCUUCUCCUCGUCACCCAUCAGAUAGCAUCAGCAUCAGCAUCAACCUCCACGCACUGAAGCGUAACCAAGACAUGUUCAAAUCUGCGCUCAAACGUCUUUCGUACGGGCUUCAGUCCGGCUCCAGCUCGGAGGAGGUACAUUUGCAGGGCAAGGAGGUAUGGGCGGAUCAAUCAGUCGUAGCACAAGCUCAAGGACGGCGAGGUUCCUUCUUUGAUUGCGGUGCUACGCAGCCCAACAGCGAUGUCCCGCAGCCUAUGCUCUACACGCCUGGGAAAGUUGCGACCUUUCAAACGAUAGACAAGCACACCGCCUCAUCGUCGCUUCAGCAAUCUCACCACCUCCACCAUCACCGACUACCUGCUCUACUCAUCUCCCGCCCACAAAGCGUCGAAGAGGAACAGACGCACUUUGAGUUGAAGGAGGGAUAUACGAGGAUCGGAAGGGAGGAGAGCAGCGAGCUGAGGUUGGUGCAUGCGGGCAUAGAAAGCGUGCAUCUGCGUCUCGAGGUGAUUUGCAAGUCGGGGCGGUCGAGGGUCACGCUGCAUGUAGACGCUACAUGCGGUUUGAUUCUGAACGAUGUGCACCUCCAGCUUGGCUCGACGGUGCAGCUGAAUGAGGGCGACACUUUUCAACUGAAUGCGUGGAACUUCGAGCUGGUCAGUGCUGCCGCUGCUGGUGGAGGAGAAGGAGGAUCUCGCAGUGCAGUCGCAGCGCUGCAUACCAACCGCUCUCUCAGCCCCGCGGCUCCACAGUCAGAUGCGGAUAUGGUCAGCGCAGCUCCUGUUCUCUACACACCUGCUAGACCCAUAAACCGACACCUGUUGGACGCGAAUAGAUCGACGAGGAUAGCGGGUCCCAGGGACAGCUUUGAAGCGGGCAAUCGGAAAGCCAGGAGUUCCUUUUCGAGUCAGAGCAACAGUCUGGGCUCGAUGAGGCGUGCGGAUGUGCCCAACUUGGUACAUCGGUCAGCGCAAGAGCUGACCGGGCGACAAGGAAGCAAGGAGGAGGUGGAGAAUGGAGUGCGAGGGCGAAGCGUUGUCGGGCCGGAGAGUCGUGAUGUGCGGGGCGAUUUGACUUUGAUGAGCAAGAGCGCGCAGGGAGAGGGUGGGCAUGGGCAUGGGCCUCCACAGAGAGCUGAAGAAGCAUCCAAGUCCCCUUCCCCUUCGAGAGCUGCGAUGCGCAAAGCUCUGGCGCGCAAAUCAUGGAGAGAGGGCAGAUCGUCCCCUCCCUCACCCCCCUCCUCGUCUUCUCGCGCCAUCGGAAAUUCGCAAGCGAGCGGUCAGACGUUGGCGCAUCUGACACCGUCGAUGCAAAGUCCCACUUCGACUGGUCAAGCAAUGUCAGCAUUGACGUCCAAUUCGGUCCCUCAAAUAGCAAACCUGAACCUUUUGUCGGGUCCCAAUCUACCCUCUGCAUUCUCUCAUUCCUCCUCUCGCUCCUCCUCCUCCGAACCGGGCUCAGGAUCAGGCCCAGGCUCAGGCUCAUCCAGUCCCUCCCGCACACCCACGCUAAAGGCAGCUCGUCUAGCCGAAGCAUCUCGCAGGGAAAAGAGGGUCAUCUCCUUGAGGACUAGAAUGAUGGUCAGGAGCUGCAUGGAGUACUUGUCCAGGGAAGAGAGGAAGAGAAGGAUUGCGGAGUUGAGCAAUAGCAACCUCGAUCACGGUGGUGGAGGCGGUCAGAAGUGCCAGAAAAUGGGCACGAACACAAGUAGCAUGAGAAGCUCUAGGAGUCUGGAGAGGAUCGAUUUGGAGCAGCGGAAAGCUGUUGGCAGCGCGGAUUGCGGCGAAAGGCGACAAGGGGGUGCAGAUGGAGAGACUUGGACGAAGGAGCUCGAUGAGGCUCGGUCCGCGCUCGAGCUUGGAAAUGCUCCGAAUCGGGAGGAGGAGCAGAGCAACAAGGGGGACUUGACAGUAGCAAUGCCCAGGAGCAAAUCUUCACCUGUGUUAAGCUUGUCUUCGCUCGAGCUCAGAGUGGAGGGUCAUGCAAGAGAGGCGAGGGAAGAUGUGGAAGCAGAGGAAGAAGGCGGUCGGGUGGACGAGGAGGAAGAGGUGGAGAGUCUGUUGAGCUCCGAUGAGAGGGACGAUCCCUCUCGCAACCUCGUGCAAUCUCACCAGAGCAUCGAUCUCGCCGAUGUCGCCCGGAACACACACGAUUCGAGUGCUCCUCCUCGUACCGUGGACAUGUCGUCGUCGGUAAAGAAGAGCAGGUCGAGAUGGUCGAUCGUCGGAGAGGUCCUUGGCACUCCGCCCGCUUCCUUCCGCACCGAGAACGAACCGCAAAGAAUACCAGCUACCGCUUCCAAAGUGUUGCACGGCCGCAGCCAUGCCCACGGCGCUUUUGGCGUCUCGAGGCAGGCGAACGUAUCAGCAUCGCCGACCAUCGGAGUUGGAAAGAGGAGAGAUAGUUGGCUCUUGAGCGGCAAAGCUUUGGUGCUCGAUAAGCCACAAGCGGUCAAGAGCGGCGAGGCGCACGGUUUGGAGACGCGUAGCGUACCCUCGCCAGUUUGCAAGAAUUCGACCAGAGCAGAGCGAAGGUCUGCCAGUCCAACCAGACACGAUCAACAGCAUUUCGUCUCGAGAAAGCCGUCGGGCAAAGAAGCGCGAAGCGAUGCGAGAGCACGAGCGCAAGACGCACCCUCUUCGGACGCUCCGCCUCUUGCGCAGCCGAGCUCGGAAGCCUUCUUUGCGGAUGUGGAAAGUGAGGCGGGGCUGCAAGCUGCUGUUGUGCAGAGUGGCAGGGGUCGAAGGAGGAAGAACAAGACGAAAGAAGCUUCCUGCAGUGCACAAGUGGAACCUUUCGAAGCUCUUCCGGCGGCAGUAGCUGCGCAUUCUGACUCGACCAAGAGACUAUCCGAAACGCUCCCAGUGAUGGACCGAAGCGAUGAGGAAGGUGCACGAGAAAGUGAGGGCCAAGGCAACGUAGAGGAAGCGGACGACAUCGUUGAGAGACCUAAAAGGCGAUCGACUCCAUCGAAAGGGAGCACAAAGGCGACUUUGAAAGAUAUUGCGCAGCACACGCAAGAAGGCUCCCAUGUCAUAACCGCCAGCGCGGAGGCUCUGACCAGCUCCGACAAAGAUUUGCGCGACAUUAUGGGGAGUGAAGAACUAUGUAGGCGUGGGCUUCGAGCCAGAAGGGCCGUCAAGAGCGCCUCUGAAGACCCUCCUACUGCCAUAUCGGACGCAAAACGCAACGACAAGGAUGAGAAGGCCAAACCGAGCGCUGCAAAAGAUGAGCCGAGCUCUGGUUCUUCCGCAGCCCAGGUUGAGGCUCCGUCGACACGCAGUCGCAGGGCAAAAAGAGCUGCAGCGACGCUCACGGAGGAGAGUCAAGCAGAGGCGCAAGACGUGGAGAAGCUUGCGAAUCGGAUUCCAAAAGCUCCGUCUUCGGCUGAUGUACCCUUGGACGGUGCUCGUGUGGGCACUCGUUCGACCAGCGGUCGAGCUGCCAAGACCAAAGGCGCAGCAGAAUAUGCAGAGAAGCAAGCGGACGAUGCGGUAACUGCCGAAGCGGCGAUCACGGAGACGGACGUUCAUGCGCACAAAGCUGCGAGCGUGACUGCUCGAACUCGAGCCCGUGCGCGGACAGCCUUACGCACGGAGAGCAGCGCCAAAGCAGAGCCGGAUAAGGGCCCUUCUCGAUCGACCUCUGGCACAGAGACGCAGGGCGAAGCGAGCUCGAACGACAAAGUCGCACCAGAGCCCAAAUCUUCCAGAUCGACCCGAUCCACCCGAAGCGCCAAGAGAACACAGAGCGCCGCGAGCGUGCAGAAGGUGGAGCAGGAAGACUCGGCCGGAUCGGCGCAUAGGAGGGGCAAGAAAGAGGAGAGUUCGCCAGUUGUUGCGCGCAGAACGACCAGGGCUAGAGCGGCGAAGACUUGAACUUUUAUGUUUUGGUGUGCCUUUGAGAUGGCACGCUCUAGUUGCUUCGGAGAGCACUCGCGUCCCACAAUGUAUGCAAAUGUUUGAGC